UAGCUAGGUAAAAAGUAUUUAGCUAGCAGUUUACCAAAAGCCUCACAAGUCACUGACAUUUGAUAUAGCGUUAGGCUUGAUAACGAUUUCGUGAUUUAAACAAUAGAAACAUUCGCUGUUUGGCUGACCGAAAACCUUGCGACGUUAAAUUGACAAGCACAGGACUUGUGCACUGAGGCAGGUUCACCUCCAGAUGAAAGCGGACCUGUCUCUCUCCUAAAGCGAUCAUUAGCAGAAAUCCAGUUUGGUGUGUUUGACUUGAGUCAAUUUUCUUUUUGAGUAUUUGAACUUUCUUCCACAGAUCAUCAGAAGCAGAUGAAACGAAAUGUGGAAUUGUGGCUCGAACAUUUCCAAGGACCCUGCUAUUCCUUCGGAUCAGGACUCUCAUGUGGAUGAUGGUGAUGAGAAUCCUGAGCGUGGAAACUGGACCAACAAGACAGAGUCCAUGCUCUCCAUGAUCGGCUAUGCUAUUGGCCUGGGAAAUAUCUGGAGAUUUCCAUAUUUGGCCUACAGGAAUGGAGGGGGUGCCUUUCUCAUUCCCUAUUUCCUGAUGUUGGUUUUGUGUGGAACUCCUCUUUUCUUCCUGGAAAGCGCCAUCUCUCAGUUCUGCAGCCAAGGCCCAAUCAGCAUAUGGAGAGCAGUGCCAAUACUGCAGGUGUAUUGCAAUGUAAGUGGUGUUUUAGUGGCCAACUGGACUCAGGAAAACAGCACUUGUCCUUCAUCCGACAUGACCACAGUUCCAGUGCAGAGCCCGAGUGAGCAGUACUGGGAUCGUGUGGCUCUGCAGAGAUCCAGUGGUUUAGAUGAAACAGGACCAGUAGUUUGGCACUUGGCCCUCUGUCUGCUGCUGAGCUCCACGCUUGUUGCUGCAGCGCUCAUCAGAGGCAUCAAGUCCUCAGGCAAAGUUAUGUAUUUCACGUCUACAUUUCCUUAUGUGGUGAUUGUAAUCUUGCUGAUCCGAGGUGUGACACUAGAGGGAGCUAGAGAUGGAAUAGAAUUCUUCAUUGGUUCUCAAUCCAAUUGGACUACUCUUACUGAAGGACAGGUCUGGAAGGAUGCAGCAACUCAGACUAUAUUUUCCCUAUCCAUUGCUUCGGGUGGAAUUUUGACUCUUGCUUCCUAUAGCAACUUCCACAACAACAUGUUCCUGGAUGCAGUUAUUGUAACCUUCAUUAACCAUGGGACUAGUGUGUUUGCAGGCUUUGCUAUCUUUUCAAUUUUGGGUCAUAUGGCUCACAUCUAUGGAAAGCCUGUUGGAGAAGUGGUGAAGGAAGGAUUUGGCCUGGUAUUCAUUGCGUAUCCAGAUGCUUUGGCUAAGCUUCCCAUUUCCCCUCUCUGGUCUAUCCUAUUUUUUUUAAUGUUAUUAAUACUUGGCCUGGACACCCAGUUUACACACUUAGAGGUUUUGACCACCUGCCUGCUCGAUGCCUUUCCUGAAAUCUUCAAACCCAAACGAGCUUUAAUGAGUAUUACGACAUGUUACAUCAUCUACCUCCUGGGCCUGCCAUGUGUCACAAGGGCAGGAAUAUACUGGGCAAAUCUAAUUGACCAGUUUGUAACCAACUGGUUGCUGCUUAUUUUGGCUCUCAUAGAAGUCAUUGGCUUCUGCUACAUAUAUGGAGGGAACCGUUUUAUUAAAGACGUUGAGAUGAUGAUUGGGAAAAAAAGCUUCUGCUUCUGGCUGUGGUGGAGAGCAUGUUGGUUCUUCGUCAGCCCCUGCAUCAUUGUGGUGGUCCUGGUCUGGUCUCUCAUAACCUUUGUACCCCCCACCUAUGGAAAGGUUGAGUACCCAGACUGGGGUAUGGCUCUGGGCUGGUGCAUGGUUAUGUUUAUCCUUAUCUGGAUCCCUGUCGUCGCUGUGUAUAAGCUGAUGAGAGCAAAGGGAAGCCCCUGCAAGCGUCUGAAGUCAUUGUGUUCUCCCUCUGAGGACUGGCAUCCCUACCUGAACAUCCAUCGAGGAGAACGCUACUCAGAAGACCGCUGUCACCAAAGAAGAGCAGUGUCAACAAACGAUAAGCAAAUGUAAAUGUGAUUCAGAAGAAACACUGCCAAAACAAAUGGUAAAGUAAAUCUUAUAUGCAGCUCAUGGCUUUCAUGUGCUUUGAGUGUGCUUACAUGGACAUGCUCAUGUGUCCUUUCAACCAGUCAGCCAGUAUGAUAAUGUGGUUAUGAAAAAGCAGACAGCCACAUUAGUUUCCUUUGGAGCUACCUCCUCAAAGUUCUGCCAUUAUCAGUGAAUUUAAUAAUAUUAAUCACUGCUUUAUUGGUAGGUUUGUGUUAAGUGUUUUGUCUUUCUUGUUCUAUGGGUUUCAGGAUAACUACCUACAUUGUUAAAAUACCUAAUGGAUAAUUUCAGCUUUAUGACACCAAAUGUCUGUGCCUUCAAGAUUGAAAUGCUCAUAAUUUCCCCACAGUAGACCUGAAGGUUUUAUAACUCCUGCCUUAAGGGCUCCUCUUGUUAUCAUUCUUUCAAGCGCUCCAUCUGGUGGUCAUCUAGUAAAUAAAAAAAUAGUUAAAUUAUAUGUCCAUGCCCCUUUAAAAAUGUGUUUCUUACUCCAAUUAGUUUCUGAUGUUUAUCUCUGACCACUCUCCAAUUUGGCUCUGCCUUGCAAUACUUAAUGGCACUUUACUGGUUCAGAGCUUAGUACAUCAGUGUAAGUUGUCAUUAUAUGAGUUCGACAGAGGGAGUAAAGCCAGAAUCUAAAAUCCUUUUAAAUGCUGCUCAGAAACUCAUCUUAUUUUAUUUGAUGCAGCCACAGGCUAAUAGAGUAGGAACAAGACAUUGAGACACUAUUUGUGUUGACAAAUUAUAGUAAUCAUGGAAAGGAGUUUAUCCAAAGUAGUGGUGUGUGCAUGGUUUUAAAGAGAAUAUGUACUCGAGUGUGUUGUCUAUAUUUAGUAUAAUGCCGAAAUAACCUAUAUUGUUGCCUUUGUCUUUUUGCUACUAUAAGUUUACUGCUUCUAUACUGAAUUUUGUCAUGGUUUUAUCUGCAGUGACCCUUAUUGUUAUUUACAAUCAUGUUUGUCUUUACUUGUUAUUUACAUAGUCCACUUGUAGUCGCGCACAUAGUCCCAUUGUACUGCUCUAUGCGAUAUAUAAGGAGAGUGAAUGGAUGAAUAAACAUUUUUUGUCGCCCAUGUUUGUUGUUCAAAGUUAUUCUGCAAUAAAUAACUUAAAUUUC